AAGCAAGCCCCGGCCCCCACCCAGCCAAUCAGAGUAGGCUAACUCAGUAACUUGAGUAGCAUUCCCAUCCUCCCUGAGCCCCCGUCUAUAAAAUUGCGGUAUAACAAAAGAUCGGGGCUCACAGCCCCCACUCUGUAUUCAGGGUAUGCUGUGAGACCUAGCAUGCUGGUUUUAAUAAACCCUUUGUUUUUUACAUGAGAGGCGUCUUUUGGGUGCUUUGUGAAUGCGGCCAGCUUUUCGGGCGUAACAUUUGGAGGUUCCACCGAGAUUGCGGCGGCCGCCUUCGGGCUCCAACAGACGCUUCUUGGGGUAAGUGAAGGCGCCUCUUGAAUAGCGAUCGCUUCGAAAUUUGGGAAUAAAAAUCUUGUCAGAACUGGCAAAUCUGUUCGGUCUGGUGGCUGUCGGGGAGGGACGUGAGUCUCCCCCGACUGCGGCUGACAGACGUGUCGGGAGGUCGCAGGCCACAUCCCCGGGGGACGCCCUGGUGGAAUCUGGAGAGGACCGGGGACGCCUGGAUCCCUCUCAUCUGCUUAAUAUUGAUUCUGAAACUCUGUUGCCAGUCAGGUCAAUUGGUUUUGAAAAACCUUCUUUUUGGAUCCUUAAAUUCUUGUCUCAACGUGUUGUGUCUGUCCUUGUCCUUUGUUCUUUGUUUCUUGUCGUGUGUGUGUGUGUGUUCGCGGUCAUGGGCCAGAGUACUUCUACUCCUUUGUCCCUGACCCUAGGCCGCUGGUCAGAGGUCAAGGGACGAGCUCAAAAUCUUUCCCUUGUCAUCAAAAAGAGCAAAUGGCAGACUUUCUGCUCGUCCGAGUGGCCUAACUUUAAGGUCGGAUGGCCCCCGGAGGGGUCUUUCCAUUUGCCUCUCAUAAGGGAAGUGAGGAAUCUUGUUUUUCAGCCUGGCCGACAUGGACACCCGGACCAGGAGCCUUACAUUUUGGUGUGGCAAGACUUAUGUGAAAAUCCCCCGGUGUGGGUUAAGCCCUUUUUACCCCCUGAUUCCCUCUCUAGGUCGUCGGUCUCCGCUUCCGAACCUGCUAUUCUUCCUGUAAAGCCAGCUCUGCCUUCUCCUCCACCCUCUGUUCCCCCGGUUCUUCCGGACUCACAAUCUGAUCUUUUCCUUCUUGAUCCCCCGCCACCUCCUUAUGCCUCGGCCAGAGCUCCGCGGCGCGACCAAGGACCUCCUCCGGCACCUGGCCCAGUUCCUCCACCCAUGUCCCCGAUGGCGGCCUCCCCAGAUUCUACUCUUGAGGCCACUACUCUGCCGUUGCGCCCAUAUGGGCCAAUGGUAGACAAUGGGGAAAGGGGGGAAAUGCCGGCCCUCCAAUAUUGGCCCUUUUCCUCCUCAGACCUGUAUAAUUGGAAAAAUAAUAAUCCUCCUUUCUCUGAGGACCCCACCCGACUAACAGGUCUCGUGGAGUCUCUCAUGUUCUCUCAUCAGCCCACCUGGGAAGACUGCCAACAGCUACUCGGGACUCUCUUCACUACUGAAGAGAGAGACCGCAUACUUCUAGAAGCACGAAAGAACGUCCGGGGACUAGACGGGCGUCCGACGCAGUUGCCGAACAUCAUUGAUGACAUCUUCCCGCUAACGCGCCCUAAUUGGGAUCCAAAUUCUUCAGAAGGUAGGGAGCAUCUGUCCUCCUAUCGCCAGGCUCUUGUGGCGGGUCUCCGGGCAGCUUCCAGGCGGCCCACCAAUUUGGCUAAGGUAAGAGAGGUCGUUCAGGGCCCCACUGAGUCCCCCGCGGUCUUUUUAGAAAGGCUAAUGGAAGCCUAUCGGAGGUUCACACCCUUUGACCCGCAAUCGGAGGACCAAAGGGCUUCAGUGGCCAUGGCCUUCAUUGGCCAGUCCGCUACCGAUAUACGGCGUAAGUUACAACGCCUAGAAGGAUUACAAGACCUCACCCUUAGAGAUUUAGUCAAAGAAGCAGAUAAAGUUUUUCACAAAAGGGAAACAGAGGAAGAAAAGGAAGAGCGGAAGGAAAAAGAGAGAGAAGAAAGAGAAGAUGCUAGAAACAAAAAAAAAAAUAAGGAAUUAACUAAAAUCCUGGCCACAGUGGUAGAUAGUGGAAAGAAACAGAAAGAAAAGGGAGGCAGUACCGGGCCACGGCCAAGCUUAGACCCGAACCAGUGUGCCUACUGCAAGGAACAUGGGCACUGGAAGAAAGACUGUCCUAAGAGACCCAAGAAGGGCCUGCAGGCUAAGCAGCCUGCCCUGUUAGCCCUGGAUGAAGAUUAGGGGCGACGGGGCUCGGACCCCCUCCCCGAGCUCAGGGUAAAGUUUAACGUGGAGGGGACUCCCAUUGACUUUGAAGUAGACACUGGAGCCGUUUACUCGGUUUUGCAAGCGCCCUUGGGACCACUGUCAACCAAGCGGUCUUUAGUAAGAGGUGCCAAUGGGAGCCGAUACCGGGCUUGGACUACCAGGAGGACCAUGGACCUGGGAAGGGGAAAAGUCCAUCACUCCUUCCUUGUGAUACCUGAUUGCCCGGCCCCAUUAAUGGGGAGAGACCUGCUCACUAAACUGAAGGCCCGCAUCACCUUCGACCCUGAGGGACCCAGAGUAGAGUUUCUGAGUCCCUUGGUAGAACGGCCGGUAGUCACAGCCCUAACUAUGUCUGUAGAAGAUGAGUAUCGCCUGUACAACUCUCCAGUAGAAAAGCAGGACAUGACAACCUGGCUUGAGGAGUAUCCAGAUGCUUGGGCCGAGAAGGCCGGGCUAGGGCUGGCGGAAAACCAACCCCCAGUGGUGGUCACCCUAAAGACCUCUGCAGCACCAAUUCGGGUCAGACAGUACCCCAUGAGUAGGGAGGCUCGGGAAGGAAUUAGACCACACAUUCAGAAGCUAAUCCAAGAGGGGGUUUUGAGGCCCUGCCAGUCAGCCUGGAACACACCACUCCUCCCUGUCAAAAAGCCAGGAACGGGAGAUUACCGACCAGUGCAGGAUCUGAGGGAGAUUAAUAGUAGGGUACAGGACAUACAUCCCACUGUACCUAACCCCUACAACCUUCUAAGCACCCUUCAACCUGACAGAACCUGGUAUACUGUAUUAGAUUUGAAGGAUGCUUUCUUCUGUCUACGGCUUUGUGAAAGCAGCCAACCAUUGUUCGCCUUUGAAUGGAUUGAUCCAGAGGCCGGGAUAGCGGGGCAACUGACCUGGACAAGGCUACCCCAGGGCUUUAAGAACUCACCCACCAUUUUUGAUGAGGCCCUCCACCAGGACCUGGGUUCCUUCAGAACCCGACACCCGGAGGUGACUCUGCUCCAGUACGUAGACGACCUACUGUUGGCUGCACCGUCUCAGGAGGAAUGUGAGUAUGGGACCCGUUCCCUAUUGCAAGAACUUGCUCAGCUGGGGUACCGGGCGUCAGCUAAGAAGGCCCAGAUAUGCAGGCGGGAAGUAACUUUCCUAGGAUAUACUCUCCGGGAAGGAAAGCGGUGGUUGACGGAGGCCCGGAAAAAGACUGUUGUGCAGAUUCCCGUACCCGCCUCCAGGAAACAACUCCGAGAGUUCCUGGGGACGGCUGGGUUCUGUAGACUAUGGAUCCCGGGGUUUGCAUCAUUAGCCGCCCCACUUUAUCCACUUCUAAAAGGGGAUGCGGAAUUUUCCUGGGGGCCAGAACAGCAGCAGGCCUUUGAUGACAUCAAGAGGGCCCUAUUGUCAGCCCCAGCACUGGCACUCCCCGAUGUUGAGAAACCCUUCACCCUCUACAUAGAGGAGCGAGGAGGGACAGCCCGAGGAGUCCUAACCCAGACCCUAGGACCCUGGAGGAGGCCAGUGGCCUAUCUGUCCAAACGCUUGGACUCGGUAGCAGGAGGAUGGCCCCGCUGUCUUAAAGCUAUCGCUGCCGCUGCUCUGUUAGCCAAAGAUGCCGAUAAACUGACUCUAGGACAAAAAUUGACCAUCAUAGCCCCGCAUGCUUUGGAAAGCAUUAUCAGGCAGCCCCCAGACCGGUGGCUCUCAAAUGCACGCAUCACCCAUUAUCAGAGCAUUUUGUUGGAUAAGGAUCGAGUAACCUUUGGGCCCCCUUCUACCUUAAACCCUGCCACCCUGCUCCCGGACGAAGCUGCGGAUCCAGUCUUGCACUCCUGCCAAGACAUCCUGGCAGAGGAAGCAGGAAUCCACCACGACCUGAAGGACCUUCCAUUACCCAACUCAGAAGUAACCUGGUUCACGGACGGUAGCAGCUUCCUGCGAGAGGGUAAGAGACAUGCGGGGGCGGCGGUGGUCAGCAGAACUAAGACCAUAUGGUCAGCAGGGCUGCCAGAAGGGACCUCAGCCCAGAAAGCGGAGCUGAUUGCUCUCACAAAAGCCUUAGAAUUGGCUAAAGGAAAAAAGGCUACCAUCUAUACAGACAGUCGCUAUGCAUUUGCUACUGCUCAUGUACAUGGGGCCAUAUACCAGCAAAGAGGACUACUAACCUCAGCCGGAAAGGACAUUAAGCACAAGGCUGAAAUCCUUGGACUAUUGGCGGCAGUUCUGCUGCCCACCGAAUUGGCUAUAGUCCAUUGCCCUGGUCAUCAGAAAGGAUCAGACCCUAUAGCCGUAGGGAAUCGGCGGGCAGAUGAGGAAGCCAAGGCAGCAGCUCUUCGAGGGGCAGGAGUUCUGGCACUAAUAACUGAGACCCCAGAGGAGAAUCUGGCACCCACGACUGUUAAAAGUAAGGAACAACAGGCAACUUCCUACUUACAGCACGUUCAUCAGCUCACUCAUCUAGGUGCCAGAAAAAUGCAAGAACUGCUGAGGGAACAACCCUUUUCCUUAGCGGCUACAGAGAACAAGAGGUUGACGGAACAAGUAGCUAAGAAUUGCCAGGCCUGUCAGAUUGUGAAUGCACAUCAAUCCCAAACCUCAGAGGAUAAGAGACUAAGAGGAAAUAGGCCUGGCCAAUUCUGGGAAGUAGACUUUACUGAAAUCAGGCCAGCCAAAUAUGGAUUAAGAUUUCUCUUAGUUUUUGUAGAUACUUUCUCAGGAUGGGUAGAGGCCUACCCCACCCGGAAGGAAACAGCCCAAGUGGUGGUAAAGAAGAUUAUGGAAGAACUUUUUCCUCGGUUUGGACUGCCCCAGGUAAUUGGGUCAGACAAUGGACCUGCUUUCGUGGCCCAGGUAAGUCAGGGAGUGGCCAAGGUGUUGGGGAUUAAUUGGAAAUUACAUUGUGCUUAUCGUCCCCAAAGUUCAGGGCAGGUAGAAAGAAUGAAUAGAACAAUCAAGGAGACCUUAACUAAAUUGACCUUAGAGACUGGCAUUCAGGAUUGGACCAUGCUCCUACCUUACGCCCUGUUCCGUGCCCGGAACACUCCCUCACCCUCCAUGUAUAACCUCACCCCUUUUGAGAUUCUGUAUGGAACCCCACCUCCAAUCUCAAAAAUGUCACCUGCCACAGAUUCGAACUUAUCACCCCAUGCACCUCUGCUUGCCAGGUUAAAAGCCCUAGAGGGAAUCCAACAAUUUGUCUGGAAGCCUCUAGCCUCUGCUUACCAACCAGGAGACCUCAAGGUGCCCCACUCCUUCCACGUUGGAGAUUCAGUGUUCGUGAGGAGGCACCAGACCCACAGCUUAGAGCCCCGGUGGAAAGGACCCUACGUAGUGCUGCUGACCACUCCAACUGCGGUGAAAGUAGAUGGCAUCUCAUCAUGGAUCCAUGCCUCUCAUCUCAAGCCUGCCCCACAGCCAGGACCUGAAUGGACAAUGGAGAGGACUGACAAUCCUCUUAAGCUUCGCCUUCGCCGUAAGCCCUUGCCUGCCCAGUCCGAUGGCAGGUAACCCCCAUGCCCCUGCGGCCUUAGCCUGGGAAG